AUGUUGCACUGGAACAUGGUGCUCUUGACUCUAACCACCAUCCUCUUAGCCGGCAACGCUCAGUCCGCGACAGCUUCCACUCAGCAGACUGCAAAUUCCCCAGUGCGUCAAUUUCAACCAACGCCUGAUACUGUCAUCGACGGAAAGAGGUUUCUAAGAGGGACCUCCAAGGAAACGAACGCCGCCGUUGCGGAAGAGCGGUCACCGAAUAUGGACCUCAUCAUCAAGGACGCGGCCUCCGAGGUGAAGAAGGCGGUCUUCUGGAAGUUCAAGUUUGCUGUCUGGAAGCAUCUCCUCCGCAGAGACACCCACACUGCCCGCCAAAAACUAGGAAUGGGAAACAUGGGGCGAGAAGUGUACUGGCACAAGAACUACGAGCAGCUGCAAGCGUACCAAGAAUUCUUUAAGAAGGGCCCUUUGAAGUACCCCAAGGGCAGUUGA